AUAUUUAAACAGACUAAUUAAUAUAUCUACACUUUAAUUAGCAACAUUAAUCUGUUUCACUUUCGGUUGCUCUUGCUUCUCUGUAUUUUUCUCGUCACAACGGUCGCUUUCUCCUCUUAAAAGGAUGUUGGUGGUUUUCACCACUGACAAAGGAUGCCUGGAAGUUCAAAGUUGAUCUGGUGUAGCAUCUGUGCUGCUAUGCUCUUACCCCCUAAUCAAGAUGGAUAGAAGGAAGUGAAUUAUUAAUAUCUAUUUUUAUGCUACACUAGUAUGAAUCUGCAUACUUAUGGAAUAAUGGAAGUCAGUGUUGUUAUUUGAGAGUACAUAUUUUAGUCUUAAGUUCUUAACAUCUAUUUUUUUUUUCUUGUGUAUGGCACUAACAUUAUCUGAGUUUUUUCAGUGUUGAUAUUGAAGCUUUAAGGAACAAGGAUAAUUAGACUCGACCAUGGAUACUGAAGUCAUUGCUUGUAUUGAUGAUGUCAACUCUGCAGACCAAGAAAGUGAAUCAAGUAAAGUCGAUUUAAUUGUGGAGAUGUCUUCUAAUGGAGAGAUAACUUCCGAGUUAGGAAUUGCAGAUAGAUUUCUGACUAGAAUGGAAUUAAAUUUAGCAUGUGCUUCUGAGAAAUUGAUUAACCUAAAUAUUCUUAUGAUGCAUGUGGCUACCAAGGAAAGUGAGUUUGAAACAAUAACCUCGCCAGUUGGAGACUCACUAGAGGCGUUAGAAUUUGAUCUCUUAUCAGGGAUUUUGGAUUCUGAAUUGACAGAAAUGGACAAGUUCAUGAUAACUUCGCAGGAAAAUAUCAUUGAGGUCCGUCACAUGAUAUCCUCGUAUGAACAUUCGGGUGAAAUAUUUGUGGCAAUGGAAGAAAAGUUAUUUGAUUCAGAGAAGUCACUGGAGAAGUUACAAGAUCAAAUUUCAGAAAUCAGGGAGCAAUCUGACAAGUUCCGAAAGACCUUAUUAUGUCUAACUAGAGAUGAAAAUUGGCAUGGAAAUGAAGGGUCAAACGGCUCAGAAGAUGGCCAAUCUUCAGACAUGAAUACAAAAAUAAAGCUGCAAACUGCUGAACAACGAAGGCAUUUUUUGAGGAUGUUAGAGAAAUCACUGGCAAGAGAGUUGGAUCUUGAAUAUAAGUUAACUGAAUCGAGAAACAUUGAAGAGGAGCUGAAAAAUAGGUUAAUUUCUACAGAACAAGAGGUAUUCUUCAUGGAAGAAGAAGCAGUAGAAAUUUGUGAAAAGUGUUUCACAGCAGAAAAUGCUGCUGAAAUCCUUAAAGGAAUUUCUCAAGGACUACUUAGCAAACUCCAGAUACUUCAGUUCAAUUUGAAUGGCACAAACCAACGAGAAAUUGAUCUAAGAUCAAAGCUUGAAAAAUGUAUGGAACAGUUGGAAACCAAAGAAAAUGCUUUGCAGGAGGUCAGCAGUAGCAGUGCAAAACUCAGCAACUCUUUUUUAUCACAGACUGGCAGUUUAAAAGCAAGCUUGAUAGAAGCUGAAGAUAAAUUACUUCUUGCAAAUUCCGAGGCCUUGGCUCUAAAAGAAAAAUUGAAUUUACUUGAGAAACAGCUGGAUGGCCCACAUCUUAAAGUUACCUCUGAGAAGGUGGAUUAUUUAGAAAAGCAGUUGAGGGAAUCUGAAGUUCAGCUCCAGCAUGCAGUGGCGUCUGUUGAUGCUAGUCAGGAGAAGCAAAAUAUGUUGUAUGCCACAGUUAGAGAUAUGGAAAAUCUCAUUGAAGAUCUGAAGUUGAAAGUUCUUAAAGCUGAAAAUCGGGCAGAUAGUGCAGAUGAUAAAUGUAUUACAUUAUCCGAAUCUAAUGCAGAACUAACUGAAGAACUGGGUUUUUUGAGGGGAAAGCUUGUUUCAUUAGAGGCAUCUUUAAAUAGAACUGAGGAAACAAAAAUGACUACUGCAAGGGACAUUGGUAUUCGAACUAAAGUAAUAACAGAUUUAGUGAUGCAAUUGGCUAUAGAAAGAGAACGGCUUCAUAAGCAGAUAACAUCAUUAGCACUUGACAAUAGAACUUUGGUGGUGAAGUUACAGCAAUCAGGCAUAGCUCCCUUUGUAGCUAGCAGCCAUCUUCAAAAAGGGAAUGGUGAAAAACAUCUGUUUUCUGAGCAUGAGAAAACCCAUAUCCCUGCUCCUGCGUCCAAGCUUAAUGAGACCAAGAAAAGUGCAUCUGUUGUUGAAGCUGAGAUGAGAACUGCAGAUUUCGUAUUGGAGCCUGGGAAUGUGAGAAGGAUUGAUGCCGGGGUGCUCAAUUACAAACACGUGAUCGUGGCAAUAGUCGUCCUGUUGAUUUCAGCAGCUGUUUACUUAUUUCAACCACUGAAUCAGAUUUUACGACUAUAGAGAUCCUCGCCCAAUUUUGAUAGUUUCUAACUUUCAUCUCACUGGAAUGCUAAAAUAGUGGACAUGGAUAUGGUAUGAUUUUAACCUAGUUUUGUCUUCUGUGAUAUUAUAGAAGUGAUGAGGAAAUGUUAUGAAAGGAUAAAUAGUAAGGUUUUGUAUGUUUAGUCAGCUCUGUAUAUGAUAUCAGAGGCAUUGUAUAAAUGUUAACCGGUUUUUGUUGGAUCUAAUUUUUACUUCUGUUGAUAGCAAAAUUUUGUUCUGUUA